CUUGACCUUCAUUGUUACAGGGAAGACCCAGAUGCACUGCAUCAAUAUCUGAGUGAGCUAAAAACAGACUUGGCCGUGGAGUACCAAGUCACGCUCCGAAAAGACCAGCUGGACAGGAAGAGGUUUUUGAACAGGUUUCCUCUGGUAAAAUGAGAGCUAGAGGAGUUCAUAGGAAAGCUCCACGCGUUCGCAGACAAGGUUGACAAGGUCCACAGGGACUGCACCAUCUCCAACAUUGCGGCCAUCUCCACUGGCGCUGUGUCUGGUGUCCUGACCAUACUUGGCCUGGCUUUGGCACCCAUGACAGCGGGGGCGAGUCUGGCACUCUCGGCCACUGGGUUAGGGCUGGGAGCAGCGGCUGCUGUGACCAGUGUGUCCACCAGCAUUGUGGAACACGUCAGCACGUUGUCAGCAAAAACCGAAGUUAGUCGCCUGAUAUCAACUGGGUUCCUGGAGGCACUUAAGAUCAGCCCCCGAACUGUUAGCACAACAAAGAAAUUCACAGAAGCUGUGCAACGCAUUGAAAUGAAUAUCCGUGCCAUGGAGACGGUCAAAAGCAACCCUGGCUUAGCAGCCGAUGCAAACGUCUUCAUCAGCAGUGGAAUAAUCUCAGUCCAAAGCAGCCAGCAGGAAGAGGUUACUUUCAAAGGCACGGCUCUGGCAAUGACCAAAGGAGCCCGGAUUGUGGGUGUGGGCACUGCAGGUCUCUCCCUUCUGAUGGAAGUGGCCUUCCUGGUGAAAGAGGCAAAGCACUUGCAUGAGGGGGCAAAGACGGAGCCGGCUGAAAGGCUGAGGCAGCAGGCCCGGGAGCUGGAGAAGAAGUUGGAGGUGCUCACCGGCAUCUAUGAGCGUCUGCAGUAGGGCUGGACUCCGCCACUCCCCGAGCUGUGCAGGGACCAGGGACACUUGCGGGGCCAAGGCAAGGAGGCACCUUGUUAGAGGGGAAAGGAGGGCGAGAUAACAUAGAUGUAGCUAGGUGUUAGGAAUUUGGCAUUUCUGUAGCUGAGCACAGCAGGGGAGGGAUAAAUGCAGGUGGCAGGUGGGGGAGAGAGAAGGAAGGAGCAUGGAGCCUGGACGAAGGGAGGAGAGGGGCCUAGAGAGUGCGGGGAGGAGAGAAGCCACUUAUUUUGGACUAAAGAAGACACUGGGGGCAGAAUAAAGGGAGAGGGAGGGGGAACUAGCAACAAGAGGCCAGGAAUAUGAAAGGGUUGAACAUGGGAAAAAGCCCAGGAGUUAGGAUCGUUGGGCUCCAGGAGAAGUAGCAGGGGCUCCUCUCUCACCCCUCCCCAGGGUUUGAUGUCUCUGGUGGUCUCUAGCCCUACUUUUCCAGUAUCAACUCACCUUUGAUUCCAGCAGCUUUAUCUUAAUUAGGCAGUGAUUUCUUUUUGUUUGUUUGUUUUGCGGUAAGCGGGCCUCUCACUGCUGUGGCCUCUCCCACUGCGGAGCACAGGCUCCGGACGCGCAGGCUCAGCGGCCAUGGCUCACGGGCCCAGGCGCUCCACGACAUGUGGGAUCUUCCCGGACCAGGGCACAAACCCGUGUCCCCUGCAUCGACAGGCGGACUCUCAACCACUGCGCCGCCAGGGAAGCCCUGUUUUGUUUUGUUUGUUUUUCCUGUUUGUUUUUUUAAUGAAGCAUAGUUGAUUUAUACUGUUGAGUGGGUUUCCAGUGCACAGCAAAGUGUUUCGGUUAUACAUGUAUCUCCCUGUGCUUUACAGUAAAUCCCUGUUGUUUAUUUUUUGUAUGCUAGUGUGCACCUGCUAAUCCCAUACUCCUAAAUUAUCCCUCCCCCACCUUUCCCCUUGUAUAACCAUAAGUUUGUUUUCUGUGUCUGUGAGUCUGUUUCUGUUUCAUAAAUAAGUUCACUUGUACUAUUUUUUAGAUUCCACAUAUAAGUGAU